AUGCCGGUCGACCCGUCCGCAGUCGCCUGUGCCUUCUCCAUCGGCUCAUUCUGCCUGCUGGCCCGCUCCGCGCCGCCGGCGCCCAUCUGCGGUUGCCAGUGCGACUGCGGGUCUCCUGGCUGGUCCACCGCCCAGCUGCUCGCCGUCGCGGCGGGGCAGCUUGUGACGGGCUGGUUCGCGGCCCGCUGGUGGGCGCCACCGAGGCCGGCGUCGCCGCUCGUGGUGGCCGCAGGGCUGGAGGGGGUCAAGCAGCUGACGCUGCCGGCGGGGGCUCGCGGCCGGCUUGAGGGUGGGGCUCCACCGCGCUUCUGGGCCCUGUUCGACGCGUCGGAGGGGGUCUGGCACGAGCGCCUGGUGCUGCGGCGCACCGUCGGGGGCCACGUGGUGCUCACGCCCGACGGCGACGUCUAUGAGGAGCUGCUGGAGGACUACGAGGCUGCUCUGCCUAGUGGUGUGGCUGGCGGCAUCCCGAGCCGGCUCUACGGGCCGAAGAUCUUCCGCUACGCCUUCCGCCCGGGGGACAUCGCUCACGGCAGCGCCUUCCGGCGGAGAGCCGAGGCCUACCUGGCUGGCUGGGCUGGCGCGCCUCCGGCGGCCGAGGGUGGAGGGCGGGAGCCCGCGCCCCUUGCUGACGCUGGCGCGAUGUCCGCCCCCGCGCGUGGCGCGCUGGUGCCAGCCGCCGACGUCGACCCAGGCUUCUAUGACCCCGGCGCGCUGGUGGGGCACGCCUGCCUCGUGGGCUCCGAGUGGUUUGUCGGCGAGAACCAGGGUCCCCGCCGACGCGGGGAGAGCAUCACCAUCCGCCAUUCGGACCUCGCAUUCGGCGUCGCGGGCCAGGCCCUGCUGUGCCGGGAGGGAGUCUGGUACCGCCUCUGCCGCGACCCGCCGACGCCGUUGCCAGCUGGCGAGGGCGAGGCAGCCGCGGCGGAGGACCUCCGCACGCUGGCUGUCGAGUACAACGUGCGCGGCGAGCGCACGCGCAGCUUCGAGUCAGCUCGUCACCUGCUGCGCGAGGAGGUCCUGGACGACGCCUGGCCCGUGGAGGGCCCGCGCACGGUGCAGUGGCUCAUCGAGGCCUUCGCCCACAGCGGCAUGGCCCCCGUGCCCCGCCAUCACUGGUGGAGACAGGCGCUGGGGGCGACCACGUCGGACCCGGGGAUCGACGAGCACCUCUUCCUCUCGGAGUGCAUCCAGCAUGGGCUGCAGUAUGACCAGCUCAACAUCUGCAACCUGGCCUGCUUCGAGAGCAUGGCCCGCCGCUACCAGCUCUGGGAGGAGCGGUACCAGGAGCGCAUCCGCGCCUCCACGGAGGGAUCGGUGGCGGCGGGCCUCGCGGCUGAGAGGCACUUGUUCCUCGGCGGCGACCGCGCCAAGGGCUGCGCCCUCAUCUCGCCCGAGCUGGAGCGCUGGGUGGCGAAGCGCAUGGAGGAGCAGGCCGCCGUGCUCAAGGAGCGCCGCAAGGGCCGUGAGGAACGGGCUCUGGCGGCGGCGGCCACGGGCGGCGGCGGCGGCGGCGGCGGAGCUGGCCAGCCGCUCGGCGCCGACCACAAGAAGAAGCUCAAGGACAACAAGAAGGGCAAGGACUGGCAGACUGGCACCCCGGGCGCUGGCUCGGGGGGGCAGGGCUGUCUUGCGGCAGAUCCCAGGGACCUGCUGCCGCUGCCAGCGCCCACCUCGCCUGUGCUGCGUCAAGGAGAUGCGCUGGGCUUGGAAUGGUUCUCGGCUGGGCUGCAGACCCUCAAUGAGAUGGGAGGGCGCGGUGCUGUUCGACGGCCUGGAGCAGCCUCUGGGCCUCAGACUGACGCGCUGGAGCGGCUUCGCAGCUCCUAUGCCACCGUGCCCAGCUGCCCGUCGGACCUGACCGCCGACUCGGCCACUCGCGCCGUGAUCGGCUCCGAUCCUGGCUAUGGCUUCGAUGAUAUGGCCAGCGGGAAGUACGCCUCCUACCAGCGCGGGAAGGUCUCUCUUCCGCGCGUGGCCUCUGGCGCGGUGGAGCUAGCUGCUGCACUACCAGAGGGUCCACGUUCUCUGCUGAUGGGUGAGUCUGGCACUUUGCUGAUGAGAGGCUCCACAUCUUCUUCUUCGUUGGCGAAAUUGGCUUUUGACCGAAGGCUGGCAAGCAAUCCUCGCACUUAUGGGAAGUUUUUGGCUGACCUUCUCGAGCGUGACAUGCUCGAGGUGGGCACUUCGUUUUCACAGGUGGCGCCCUUCUUCGUCUACAAGAAGGAUGGGACCCUCAGGCUGAUCUUCGACACAAGGGCCUCCAACACCGAGUUCGCGGAGCCCGACUACGUCCCACUGGCGGCGGCGCAGGCCCUCGGCAACGUCGAGCUGCAGGCGGGGGAGCGCCUCUUCGUCGCGCAGGGCGACGUCACGUGCUGCUUCUACCAGUUCUUGCUGCCAGUGCACCUGCGUGAGGCCUUUGGCCUACCGCCUGUGCCCUGGGCCGCACUGCCGCUUGCCGCUCGUCGGCUCGUUGGGGCGCCACCGCCGGACGGCUUGGUGCGCCUGCGCCUGAGAGUGGUGCCGAUGGGCUGGUCAUGGGCGGUCUACUUCAUACAGCAUGCCAUGAUGGAGAUACUUCGCCCCUGUGCCCCGGCGGACCGCUGGUUGGCCCAGUACGUGUCUCGCGAGCCCGUCUGCCCUGGCUCGGGGGCCUCUCUCAUCUACAUCGACAACUUCGCGGCACUUGGCACGAGCCCCACGGAGGCGAACGCUCGCCUGGAGCAGAUGCUGGGCGCCGUGGCGGCCGCUGGAGUGGACGCCGCGCCAGAGCCUGCUGGCGCCCCGCUGCUCGGGUUCGAGCUGGACCCGACGGGCACGCAGUGGCGGCCUACGGCGAGGAAGGUAGCGCUGGCCCUCCGCACGUUGGGCUGGGGCCGUCAGCGCCGCACAGGGCGCCUGAUUGCCCGGGCCGUCGGCCACGCCUCGGCCAUCAUGCUGCUGCGGCCCGAGAUGCUGUCCAUCUUUUCGGCCGUGUACGUCUUCGCCGACCGCUACUUCGGGCAGCCGGCGCGCGUGUGGGCCUCAGUGCGGCGCGAGCUUCGAGCUGCCUGGGCGCUGCUGCCGCUCGCCGUCGCCGACAUGAGCCUACCCUGGUCGCCCGCCGUCGCCUCGGUCGACGCCUCGCUGCAUGGCUUCGGCGUCACCGAGAAGGCCUGGCCCCCCGCUGAGGUGGGCCGCGUCGGCCGCGCCUCAGAGCGGGGACGGUACCGUGGGGCGCUGCGCACCUCCCGCCGCCCGCGCUGCCUGGUCGAGGGUGAGGAGGCUGAGCCCUCGCUGAGCGACAUUGUCGACGCCUCGCCCGAGCAGCUGCGUGCGCUGGGGCUGCGCUCCGCCUUCGAGGAGGUGCCGCCGGCCCUGGCGCGCGGGGACGACUGGGGCGUGGUGGCCGCGCGCCGCUGGAGGCGCAAGGACAAGAUCCUUGCGCUCGAGGCGGAGGCGGCCUUGUGGCAGGUUCGGCGGCUGGCCCGCUGCCGCCUGAGCGCCCAGAAGCGGCACUUAGUUUUGUCGGACUCUAUGGCCUGGGUCCUCACCGCGUGCAAGGGGCGGAGCUCGUCGUGGUACCUGCUGCGGAGGCGCGGCUUCACGGGCCAGCGGGCGCUGCUGGGCUUCGCGAGCAGCUCGCGGCGGGGCGCUCCAAGCGGCGGGCCUUUGCGGGGCCCUUCGCCGCGGGGCUCCCUGGGCCCGAGCCCGCUGCUCUGCAGGGUGCUGGCACCGGCGGCGAACCUGAGUCCGAGCCGGGCCCCGCCUGCCCCGAGUCGGGUGCUGCGCCCUUUGGUGGCGCCGGAGACGGGGGGCGGCGUGGCGCUCGGGAGGCCGCGGCCAGAGGGCAUUGCUCUGCCUCGCCGCCACGCCUGCCCUGCCAGACCGCCCCCUCUGCAGCCUGCGCCGGCCUCGGGCCGGCUGCCCUGCCGCGCGCUGGCUGCUGCUGGCCCCCUGGGCUUGACCCGCCACCCUGCGCCGGGCCGCCUGGUCCCCUACCGCGGGGAGUCUGGCUCGGCGCGCAGGCGGCGCCGCGAGACGGCGCGGCGGCGCCCGGGCUCAUCGCUGCACUCGGCCGCCCGCAGUGCGGAGGAGGCGGAGGAGCUGGGGUUCCACAUCACCUCCCUGGCUGCCGCGGCCGUGACGACGGCCACGCAGAGCAACUACCUGAACGCCCUGCGCAAGCUGCUGGCGUGGCUGCACGUGCCCAGUGCCCCUCAGCGCCUCCCUGCAAGCGCGUGGGACCUGUUGCUGGAGCAGUACGUGGAGUUCCUGCACGACCGCGGGCUGCCCGAAGGGGAUGCCUCCAGCACGCUGGCCGCAGUGCGCUGGGCGCUGCCCGAGCUGCCGCGCCCGCUGCGCCGGGGCUUGCCGCUGGCGACUGCUGCGGUCACUGGGUGGCGCCGGCUCGAGAAGCCGCUGUCGCGCCCACCAGUCCCUCGGUCGCUGGCUGUGCUGAUGGCCCUGCGACUCUGCUCCGGCGGCAAGGCGGACUACGCGCUGUUCCUGCUGCUGACGUUCGAGACGUACAUGCGGCCGAGCGAGGCGCUCAGCCUCGUCGGCCUACAGCUGGUGCCGCCCGUGCCGAACGAGAGGGGGGCCUGCCAGUUCUGGACCAUCCUGAUCCGCGCGAGCGAGCUAGACGUGCUUGGCAAGACCGACGAGUUCGACACCAGCGUCGCCCUGGACCUGCCGCGCCACCGCCUGCUGGAGUCGGCGCUGCGCCUUCUGAAGGCCAACAGGGGGGAGCGGGAGCGGCUCUUUUUGUUCCACUACACCGACUUCCUCCUGGCCUGGAACAGCUGCCUCCUCGGCUUGGGCCUGGCGCAGCUGAAGUUGACGCCGUACUCCCUGCGUCGAGGCGCAGCGCCGCGAGCGCGAGCUGGCCCGGCUCUUGCUGCCAGCCUGCGGGCGGCGCGGGCAGAUGCUACCAUGCUGAAGCACAGCGUCUUCGUUGACCUCUUUGCUGGCACUGCGCCUGUGAGCAAAUACCUUCGCCGCAAGGGCUACGCCUGCAUAGCCUUCGACAAGCUGCUGGGGCCGCAGUUCGACCUCGGCCGGCGCGAGGUGGUGCUCACCAUUGCUGGCUGGCUUCGUGCAGGCUCGCCUUCGGCCUCGCCCAGCGGCGGCGCUGAGCCAGGCGGCCUCGAGGUGGCGCUGAGCCAGGGCGCCCGCGCCAGCUUCCUGAGCGCCCACUCCGCCGGCUCGCCCCGCGGCAGGGAGGGAGGCAGGAAGAGCACGGUCACCAGGCUGAGCACCCACUCCAUCGUCAGCAUCAAGGACCCGGACGCUUACAGGGAGGAGGCGUCGCCGGGCGUCGCCGGCCUCGGCGCCGUGGUGUACGAGGAGGAGCUGCCCAGCCUGCUCGAGGCACUGCCCGCUGGAUCCCUGAUCACCGCCGUGCUGGGCGGGGCCGCCGGCGCCGAGUCGGUGUCUGGCAGGCGUCGCCGCCGCCUGUCGCUCUGCGUGGCCCUGGCGCCCACGAGUCGGCACGCGACCUCGUGCCCGACGCGGCUGCAGGGGCGGUUCAUCUCGAAGGUGCCCUGGGCGUGGCAGAAGUGCGAGCCAGCCUGGCAGAGCACAUCGGCAGACGGGAUGCACGGCGGUAACGCAAAGGCCCCCCUGAAGCUGGAGCGCGGCUGCGUGUACCAGCCUGCGGUAUGCCUGCAUGUGACAGUGAGCCUCGAGCUGCGGAGGCGGAGCCUGUCCUCGCUCCGGGGCCCGGGCGAGGAGGGCGACGCGGCGAGCUGGAAGGUGCUGGACGCGGUGCGCAGCAUCCGGGCGUCGGUGCUGCGCCAGGACGAGCACGCCUCCGUGGAGGGCGCCUCGAGAGGGGCCAGCCGCAGCGGGAGGCGCCCGCAAAUCAUGUACAAUGCCAUGACGGACAACGUGAACGACAUGAAGUCCCAGGCACACUACAUCGCCGCGCACGAGACCACCUCGCAGGAGAGGCUCACAAAGAUGGCCAUGCAGAACGCCGAGUACGUGCAGCGCUGCAUCUACAACACCGCAGACGACGCGUCGAUAUGCCACAACAGAUUCACGAGCGCCAUGGAGGACACGAGGAGCGGCUGGAGGAAGCGCCCGCCGCCGGGGCUGGUGGACAACAGCCUGUUCCACCACAAGCUGACCCACCUCAUGUCGCCGGACGUGCACAGCAAGGCGUCGAGCUUGCGCGCGCGGCGCUGCGCCAAGAUCCGGUCGAGACUGCGCAGAGGACCGACGAAGGGACAGUUCAAAGGCGGCAGAGACCGGUAG